UUUUUGUCUGGAAAUUCCGGAUGUCCCGGACGUCCCUGCGCUGCUCCUCAGAUCCUGGGGUUGGAUUGUGCGUCCUUGAGGUUAUGCUGCCAGAGUGUGCUAUGGGUUUACAAGAGCAACAAAAGAUUAAUAAAUCUCUGGAGUUGGUGUCAUUUGAGGAUGUGGCUGUGGACUUCACCUGGGAGGAGUGGCAGGACCUGAAUGAUGCUCAGAAGACUUUGUAUAGGGAUGUGAUGCUGGAGACCUACAGCAACCUGGUGUCACUGAAACACUGCAUUAACAAAGCUGAGGUGAUUGUCAAGUUAGAAGAAGGAGCAGAGCCAUGGACAAUAGAAGAGUGCCCAGAUCAGAUCUUGCAAGAUGUGUCAGUGCAUACAAUAGAUGACUUAGGGGAGAGGAACCAAGAAAGUCAUGGUAGAUGCUUGCAGCAAAUUGUAAUCACCAACAGCAACUCAUCAGCUGAGGAGAGUGUUGUGUUAGGAAAAUCAUUUUAUUUGAAUUCAUGUCAUGUUUUAAAUCUGAUUAUAAAUAACGGAAAGUAUUCAGAAAAGGGAAAUGAGGAGUUUUACAUAUGUCAGAAUACACUUCUUCGUAGAGAGCCCGAUGAGAUGCCUGCCGUAGAGAAACCUGAUGACCAUCAUACUACUGGAAAAUUGCCCAGACAUCAUGAACAUCUUAGUCAGCAUCCCAAUAUUCAAACUGUGCAACAGCCUUUAGAAUAUUGUGCAAAAGGGAAAUUUUCCAACACAGAACCGAUGAUAUUUACACUUAAGAAGAUUAAUAUGAAUGAGACCACCUAUAAAUAUAAUGAAUAUGGGAAAGCCUGUGGUAAGUCAGCUGUCUUUGCCCAAGAAAUAAAUCAGGUAGAAAGGAAAACUUUUCAAUCUGGUAUAUGUGGGGAGGUGUUCUAUAAAAAAUCUGAACUGACUAAAGAUCAGAUUAUGCACACAGGAGAGACCCACAUUUUAUAUCAGAGAACUCACAAAGGUGAGAAACCACAUGAAUGUAAAGAAUGUGGAAAAGCUUUUAGAAAAAAGUUACACCUCAGAAGGCAUGAGAGAACUCACACAGGUGAGAAACCACAUGAAUGUAAAGAAUGUGGAAAAGCUUUUAGCAGAACAUCAAACCUCAGAAGGCAUGAGAGAACUCACACAGGUGAGAAACCAUAUGCAUGCAAAGAAUGUGGUAAAGGUUUUAGUGAAAAUUCACAACUCAGAAGGCAUGAGAGAACUCACACAGGUGAGAAACCUUAUGAAUGUAAAGAUUGUGGAAAAGCUUUUAGCCAAAAGUCAUACCUCAGCAGUCAUCAGAGAACGCACACAGGUGAGAAACCAUAUGAAUGUAAAGAAUGUGGAAAACCUUUUAGCCUAAAGUCUAACCUCAACAUUCAUCAGAGAACUCACACAGGUGAGAAACCAUAUGAAUGUAAUGAAUGUGGAAAAGCUUUUAGUGAAAAGUCAACCCUCAGCAUUCAUCAGACAAACCACAUAGGUGAGAAACCAUAUGAAUGUAAAGAAUGUGGAAAAGCUUUUAAUCUAAAGGCAAACCUCAGCAUUCAUCAGAGAAAUCACAUAGGUGAGAAACCAUAUGAAUGUAAGGAAUGUGGGAAAGCUUUUAGUUACAAGUCAAUCCUCAGCAUUCAUCAGAGAAAUCACACAAGUGAGAAACCACAUGAGUGUAAAGAAUGUGGAAGAGCUUUUAGCCAUAAGUCAACCCUCAGCAUUCAUCAGAGAAAUCACACAGGUGAGAAACCAUAUUAAUGUAAAUACUGUGGAAAAGCUUUUAUCCAAAAGUCAUACUUCAGCAUUCAUCAUAGAAUUCACACUGGUGAGAAGCCAUAUGAAUGUAAAGAUUGUGGAAAACCUUUUAGUAAAAAGUCAGAGCUCUGCAGGCAUGAGAGAAGUCACAGAAUUCACAGAGGUGAGAAGCCGUGUGAAUGUAAAGGACGUGGGAAAGCUUUUAGCAAAAUGUCAAACCUCAGCAGUCAUCAGAGAACUGAAACAGGUGAGAAACCAUAUGAAUGUAAAGAUGGGAAAGCUUUUAGCAAAAAAUCAUGCCUCCACUGUCAUCAGAUAAUUCACACAGUUGAGAAACCUUAUAAAUGUAAAGAAUGUCGGAAAGCUUUUAGCAGAAAGUCAAGCCUCUGCAAGCAUGAGAGAACUCACACAGGUGAGAAACUAUAUGAAUGUAAACACUGCCGAAAAACUUUUAGCCAAAAGUCAUACCUUAGCAGCCAUCAGAGAAUUCACAUAGGUGAGAAAUCAUGAGAAUGUAAGGAAUGUGGAAAAAGUUUACUGGAUCUCACCAUAACAGACAUCAACAAAUUCACACAUGGGAAAAUCCCAAUUAAUGUAAUGGCUGUUAUAAAAGGUUUUGCCAUAAAUCACUCCUCAUAUUUCAUCAGUGAACUUACACCAAGAAGAAGCUCUAUAAAUGCACAACUGUCCCUUGGUUCCAGGAGCCCCUGUUGAUGAAAACACUUGCAAAUAAUGAAGCACUUUCUAUAAAUGGUGUACUGUUUCAAUAUUACCUAUGAACUUUUUUCUGUGUCGUUUUCAUCUUGAGUAGAAUAUUUAUAUAUAUAUUACUGAAUACAGAAGGGGUUCUUUGUAAA